AGGGGAGCGUCACUCUGCUCCGCGAAAGCGAGGGAGGCAGCUUCUUUCUCGGUGUUUAGCGAACACAAAGUGAGCACCGCGACGGAGUAUGGCUCGUUUAAGUUAGAUAUAAGACUGCAAAUAUGCAUAUGAGUAGCUGUGUCAAGGAAAGCGUCGCAGCGCCUGGUUUGUGGACCAGAAAGUAACGGCUGUACUACUCUGCUCGAGCAACUCGACGAGGUCCGAGGAGAAAAAAAGAAGCUUGAAUUCAGCCGCGGUUUUUAAGUUAGUUUCGCUUUUUUUGUUGUCGGUUAAUCCUUCGAGGCAUUUUUAAUCAGUAGGUGCGAGUCUUAACUGAAGAAAUGGACCGAGGUGGCUGCCAAAUGAGCGGCGGUGGCGGCGGUGACCGCAGUGGUCCCGAGGAGUCCGGGAUGAUCACACUGGAGGACCUGGAGUCGUUCUCGGAGAACCAACUGUCAGACUCGGGCAACGGCAGCCUCGAGGAGGAGGCAGAGACCAUGGAGGACGACGAGCAGUCAGACCGGCUGCUGCAAUACUGGCAGGACGUGGCGAGGGGACACCAAGUGGAAGUUGCUCAAGAUAUGGCAGAGCCCAUUAAUCAACUAACCAGCAACAACAGUGGACGAAGUACCAGAGAACACAUCCCCUUCACCCUCCUCUCACGCAAAGAGAAGUGCGGGGAGCUGCUGUAUGAGAAACGCCACUAUGAAAAAGGCCACUGGGCUUGUAUAACAAUGCGUGAGGACACUUACGAACAGAGCAUCUGCUAUGGUUUCAUGAAGAUAAUGAGAUACAUCUGCCAGCAGAACUCCUUGGGUGAAUACCUGGGCAUGACGCUGCCUAUCAUCACAGUGGUGCGCACAAACGAGAACCAUUCUGUGAUCUCCAACGACGUCACUGUGGCGUAUUUCCUACCUGCUGAGCAUCAGGCCCAGCCCCCACAACCUCAAGACAAUGACAUUGUCAUAGAGAUCUGGCCCGCCACUACUGUAUUCACAAGGCCCUUUGGUGGUCCCACCAAUGAAGUGACCAUCAUUAACCAGAUCAGUGCCAUGGCUGAGCAGCUAGACUCCCCCGGUUUGUGCAUCAACGACUCGUUCAUUGUGGCUGGCUACACCAACCCUGCCCACAGCAACCGUCAGAAUGAGAUCUGGUUCCUAGAGCGACGCUGAGGGACUAGGAGAUAACGCAUCAUCUUAUCUGUGACCCUUGAGCCUCAUAAAGACUCCCUUUACACUGCCACAGCUCAGCUACAGCCUCAAGUGCAACCCAGACUUAAGCCACCACCUCUACCUGAAAUGACCACUGGCCCAGCAGACUCCAGAUCAGUUGGAGCCUGAAAAAAAACACCUCACUCUACCCUCAGUGAAUUUUCAUCCAUGUUCAUUUAUAUAGAUCCUUAUUUUGUCCAUAAGAACUGAACCAAACCACUGCCAUACUCUCACAGACACAACGCAGACGCUAAGAUAAAGCAUAGCAUUUAACUUCUGCUUUUACAUGAGGUGAUAAAAAAACACUUUCCUCAGCACAGUGCCCUUUAGUUAAAAAAAACAGUCAAUAGUUUGAACUCUUAGCGCUCUGUGGUGGCCGUCGAUUACUGUCAGAAACAUGCAACAACCUGUCUGUCCACAGCAAGGAGCAGGUUCCCAGUGCACAUGCAGCCUUAUCGUUCUCCCUCUCUGUUUGUUGCACAGCUAGUGUCUUGUCAUGUGGGGUAAAGGUCAAUGCACAACAACAACAACAACAACAAAAAAGUUUCUCUGUCAUUCUUUAGCUUGCUGAGGUGAUUUCAGCUGUAUCACUGUUGAUCUGCUGUUUCUUUAUCUCUGGACUAUGUGAUCCACUGCAGGUUACAAUGCAAUGCCAGUCACACUGUACUGGAAACUAUUUAAGUACAAUGUUAACCAACAAUCAACAAGCCAGUUAUUACAGUUGCUGUGCCACUAACCUAACCCAAUCUAAGGGUACGUUCAGCAGGUGGUAUUGCAGGUUGGGGAGGGGAUGUCGCCAUUCACAACUAAGCUCGCCGUUUUCACAUGCUCAAGCUCCUAAGCUACUUAGUCUGCAAGGUUUUGUUCUAGUUCAACCUUUUUGUGAAGACCCAAUGUACGUACAUUAGACAGGGAAAACUUGAACGAGGUUUAAUUAAGAUUACAGUACAGCAGGUGACUCUCAUCUAACUUACACCAACGUCUUACAUGUUCUCACACAAUAUUAUACAGUCAACAACUUGUUGUGAUCAAACCUGCGCAGCACCAUGUUGUACAAAACCUUUUUUGGCUAUGCGCACUAAGGCCCCGUCUACACAUAUACAGGUAUUUUUGAAAGCUGAUAUUUUCUCCCUCCAUUUUAAAUAUAAUUUAGUCCUUGUACCUUCAUUGUACAAAAGUCUACCUCGUCGCAAAGGUAGCAAAGUGUACAAGCUAACGUUACUUUUUUUAAAAAACACCUACUGGAGAUCUCAUCACCGUAAAGUCCUGUUCAACGUAAGGAUGAAGGAGCUAACUCAAACAUAUGAGUGAUGCUAACAUGUUCUCACACAAUAUCUUAUUGCGAUCAAACCUAUGGAGACUUAUCGUCCUAGUACCAUGUUGUGCAGAACCUUUUUUGGCUAUGCACACUAAGGCCCUGUCUACACGUGUACAGAUAUUUUUGAAAGUUGAUAUUUUUCCCCUCCAUUUUAACCUUCAUUUUACCAAAGUCUACCUCGUCACAAAGGCAGCAACGUUACUUUUGUCAAAAACACCUACUGGAGAUCUCGUCACCAUAAAUUCCUGCUCAAUUAAAGAAUGAAGGCACACCCUCAAACAUAUGACUGAUGCACUCGAUAUGCAAAAGUUUUCCUUCCUUUCCUUAUCGACAACAAUCCGACUCUUGAAAGUCUCCCACUAUCAGCUGAUUCGACCUGGGCUGAUCUAAAACUGUUGUUUCGGCCGGACUUUAGACCGCAGACAGAGGUUGAGCUUUAAUUUUGGGUGCAGCAGAUGCCUCCAUUCGUCUAAGUGCAAUGCAGCACUACGAAGUUAAGUGCAAAGUAGUCAUUAGAUUGAGCAGUGCUGACAACAUGUAAACAAUCUGGUCGUCGAAUUGAGAAGAUUAUGUCAUUGUUUUCCAAAGGCUCCACUUUACACGUCAACACAAAUCAACAGUAACCAUAGCUUUUGAAAAAUCUGCACCCUAGAAGGCAUUUUCAGUGAUAUUAAAGUCAGUUUGCAUGUGAACGAGAGGCCAAAUUGUGGAGGAAAAUAUCUGUUUAUGUGUAUACAGGGCCUAAACUGCCUUACGGCACCAUAACUGCAGUAACACCUCUAUUGUAGCACAAAGAUAAUAGUAAAUACCAAUGCCAUACCAACACAAACCAAAUAUACGUGCUUAAAUGCCUCUCAAACAACAGGUGACACUAAGCUAGAAAACACACUUGAUCAGGACAUGUUCAUGCGUGUUUGUGUAUGAAUGUACAGCUACAGGGAGGGUAAACACAAAGUGACACUUCAACAAACCAAACACCGAAAAGCUCACUGAUUUCACAACUGAAUGACAAUCACAAAGUACUUAUAUAUUAUAUACACCCUUUUCUCUUAAGAAAGUCAACGCAUUCCUCGUUUCAGAUCUACUCACACACAGGAAUAGUCACAUACGGACCUCCUUCUCACACUCUUUUUACCUGCUGCUCUGUGUCAAUGUUAGCGAUUAUGCAUUCACUGCUGACAUGCAAACAUCGCUGCUGCUGAGUAGAGACAAUGCAACCGGGAAAAGAUGUAGAGUACACUACUGUGAUUAUACUCUUUUUGUUAAAUAGGAGCUAAACUGUUUUAGUUAAAGCUGUUUUUAAUGUUCUAUCACCAAUGUAAAGAGAGUCUAUAAAGUCAGGGUGAAAGAAGUGUGUACGUUUAUCUUUAUAUUUUUAAUUAAAAAUAACUCAUGCAAUUCAACAAAAAAAAAGUGAUACACAUCAAACCAGCUACACAGAGAGAUCAGUGAUGUAGGAAUGUUUCUGCUUAGGAAAUUUACAUUUACGAGUUGUCUGCAGGUGACAUAAAACAGGAACUAGCCAAAUCAUCACUGUGUGAGGAUUUUAAACAGGACAGGGGCAUCCUAUGAAAUGCGUAAACAGUCAGGUAUUGAGGCCUGUUAUAAAGGUGGUAGUAAACUCGAAUUAUGAGGACGCUUCAUCUUCUUUAAUCUAUAUGAGAAGAAAUAAGCAGGUCAGACAGUAUUGGGUUGGGAAGGUUGCCCAGUGUGAAAGUCAGUUUGGUUGACAUACAAAUCCAAAGAAUUUAUGUUGCAUUAAAUGAUUGUACAGACACUCUAUGACAACUGUAAACACUUGCAAAGCCAUGAUACAUGUGGGGUUGGUUUUCCCUUUAAGAGCCUGGUUAUAUGGGAACAUCAAGUGUGAGGAUUUUCAUUUUUUUUUUUUUUUCCUUUGUUUUCGCUUAUUGUUCGCUUAUAGUGUUUUUUUGCAAAAGUGUGCUGUACUGUGAAAAUUCAAGUGCAACAGCAAGAGCUACUGUGGUUUUUCUCUGUUCAAUAAAAACGUGCUCGUCUCCUGUCUUGAAAUGUACAGUGAUGCUGAGUUUUAAUGGGUUCAUAUAUACAAAACACAUGUUCUGCACGGUUCUGGGAGAAUUACUGCAGAAGUGUGUGUUCAAUAAUAAAUGAUAAAACUCUUAA